GUGACCGUCAUCUUCACCGUCGAGCUGGCACUGCGCCUUUGCGUCGCCUCUUCGAUCCUCGGAUUCUUCACCAAUGGCUUUAACCUCGUGGAUGUGGUGGCGGUGCUCCCGGGUUAUUUCGAGUUCUUCUUUGGGGGCGACACCCACACACUUCAUGCUGUGCUCACGCUGCGGGUGCUGCGGAUCAUGUGGUUCAUUCGCAUUCUCAGGCUCCUCAAAGUGGCUCGGCAUUUCCCCUUCCUGUCCUUCUCCAUGUCUGUACUCUACCAAGUGUUGACCUCCUCUGCUCUUCUGAUCAUAGCGGUGGUCGGCUUCCUCAUGGUGGUCUCUGCGAGCCUGCUUUAUCUCGUAGAGUCGGAUCGCUGCGAGGAGCUUGGCUUGCCGUGCAAGGGCUUUGAGUCCAUUCCUGCGUCAUUCUGGUUCGCCAUUUGCACGCUGACGACCGUGGGCUAUGGAGAUGUGAUCCCCUUUACGCGAAUCGGUAGAAUCCUGGCCGCCUUCAUCACGGUCUGUGCGGUGAUCAUCAUGGCGCUCGCAGGGGCUUUGAUCUACUUCAACUUCUACGAGCUGCUUCCACAGCGCACCGCACUGCAUGUGGACGAGAACAAAGAGAACCCUCAGGCAAAGCUCCUUGAG